AUGGGGACUGGGAGGGAUUCAACCCCGGGCCCAUCACUGAUGUGGCUGGUUUCCCAAGUGGGCGACCUUGCGAACGGAGAGAGCUGCUACACUGGAUGCAGCAGUCCAGCCAGCCAGCCAGCCAGCCAGCCCUCCCUCCAGCAGCAGCAGCAGCAGCAGCAGCGGCCCCAGCCCCGUCCGCGGCAGCAGCAGCAGCUACGGCGUUCCUGCCAGCCGUCGCCAGCGCCGGCGCCAGCAGCGUGGGACUGGUCUUCGUCCAUCUUCGUCCGUCUUCCCGCUGCCGCCACCGCCGCCGCCGCCGCCGCCGCCGCCCCCACAGCCCACGUGGCGCCGCCCCCGCUGAGGAGGAAAGCUUGUCACCGCCUGCCACCCGUCUUCCCAGCCAACAACACCCUGCCCCCUCCUCUGACGUGCCCCGCAAUGAACUUCCCCAACGAUCCACGAUCGACGACGCCGCAGCCAAACGGUGCGGAGGUACCUACAGCCUCUGCCCACCGCAGCGUUGUGGGCACCCAGCCGCCGUCACUGUCGGGAUCGGACACACGGACUCCUGGUGACCGAGACCGUGUCAAGCCCCGCCCUCCAGUGGAUGUCGAAUCACGGACCCGCAAGCGAAAAUCACCCAAGCGACACAAGUAG